AUGUGUCCUCAACUUAAUGCUCUACAAGCUACCUUCAUAAAACAUUUAGAGAUGAAGAUGCAUGAAGUCAACUCCACCACGGUCACUGAGUUUCUUAUACUGGGAUUCCCGGCUCUGAAUGAUUACAAGUUGCCUUUCUUCUCCAUCAUUCUCCUCAUGUAUUCCAUGACUAUAUGUGAAAACCUCUUGAUAAUUUUACUGGUGUCCACAAGCCAACGUCUCCAUUCUCCAAUGUAUUUCUUCCUUGGACACUUGGCUCUGUCAGACAUCGUUCUUGUAACAACUAUUGCUCCUAAGAUGCUGGAUGUUAUCAUAAAGGAAGGGAGCACAGUUCCUUAUUCUGGGUGUUUGGCUCAGCUUUAUCUGCAUGGGGUAGCGGUCUGUGCACAGUGUUUUUUACUCACAGCCAUGUCCUAUGACCGGUACUUGGCCAUCUGUACACCUCUUCAUUAUAUCUCAGUGAUGAGCAUCAAGCUAAGAUACAUACUGCUCAUGUCAUCUUGGGGGCUCAGCUUCAUGUUACUGAUUAUCACACUUGUCUUUUUAUGCAAUUUAGUUUUCUGUGGGCCGAAUGUUAUUAACCAUUUCUUCUGUGACUUUGCCCCUCUUUUAGAACUUUCUUGCUCAGACACAACAGCACUAAGUAUUGAUAUGCUUGUUCUAGCUGUUCCAUUAAUUUUGAUACCUUUUAUAUUAAUAAUCAUAUCAUACGUUUCUAUUUUUAUCACUAUUUUUGGAAUUUCCACCACCUCAGGCCGACAAAAGACUUUCUCCACUUGCAGCUCUCACUUGGGGGUUGUAUCUACCUAUUAUGGCUCCAUCCUUAUAAUCUACAUGGUCCCUUACAGAGGACAUUCAUUGACUGCUAACAAGUUUAUUUCCCUUCUCUACAUUGUACUGACUCCGUUUCUAAACCCCGUUAUAUACAGUCUCAGAAACAAAGAGAUUCAGUCUUCUGGGAUGAAUUAUCUGAAACUUUGGUUGGAAAAGAUAGAAAAAACAAGAAAACAUAUUUGA